GGGAAGGACUCGCAGCUGCCGGGCUCGCGCCGCUGUCAGUGCGGCUGGGCGCGCGAACGGCGCGGGCGCUGAGCGGGCAGACUCAAGAGAAACCGAAGGGGCGGUAGCGAAGGUGGGGGCGACCCCCCCUCCCGCGUGUGCCCAGCUCCUUUCGCCGCUGCCGGGUCCGCCCUCUUCCUCCCUUCCGCCCCCGAGUGCGGCGGCACCGCCUUCUUCUGCGCCGCGCGGCUUCUUCUAGACCUCUUGGCGCGGGUGAUACCUAUUCCCAGAAGCAGCUGGUGGCUGACCCGGUAACCCUAAAGAGGAAAUUGCUGACUGAGCUCGACCUCGAAUGAGCAAGAAGGGGGGAGGUAGCUUUCUGAACUAGGACAGUCUGCCAAGAGAAGCAGUGACUGAGCAUCUGCUGAGAUUGGCACGGAGUACCUCCAAUUAAUCGAUCUGUGACGUGCCUCUAGGUUCCCAAGUGUUCCUGUCACAGCCCCAUCCAGAAGAAACACAGGUUUUGGUUUCCCUGAGAUCUCUACCACUGGACUACCUACUCCUCCGGGACAGGAUUGUACCUCGUUCAUUUUUAUACUUUGUAUGGUCACUUUGGCCAUAACAGGGCACAUUUCCAAAUACUAGAGGUUUGGUGACACACUUGAAGAGACUUUAUUGAAUCCACAGUGACAGUGUUCUUUUCCUGACCACAGUUCAUCAUCUCUAGGAAACUUAGAGAUGUACUACUAUCCCCAUUUUAUAGGAGAUACAACUGAAGCAUAAAGAACUUAAGAUCUUUCAGAGGUCAUAUCACACAGCUGUGCCAUGUCAGUGGCAGAAGGUGGCCACCAUGUCCUUGAAGAUCCAGACAAGCAACGUAACCAACAAGAAUGACCCCAAGUCCAUCAACUCUCGAGUCUUCAUUGGAAACCUCAACACAGCUGUGGUGAAGAAGUCAGAUGUGGAGACCAUCUUCUCCAAGUAUGGCCGUGUGGCCGGCUGUUCUGUGCACAAGGGCUAUGCCUUUGUUCAGUAUGCCAAUGAGCGCCAUGCCCGGGCGGCUGUGCUGGGAGAGAAUGGGCGGGUGCUGGCCGGGCAGACCCUGGACAUCAACAUGGCUGGCGAGCCCAAGCCUAACAGACCCAAGGGAUUAAAGAGAGCAGCAUCUGCCAUUUACAGUGGCUACAGCUUUGACUAUGAUUACUACCGGGACGACUUCUAUGACAGGCUUUUUGACUAUCGGGGCCGCCUGUCACCAGUGCCUGUGCCCAGGGCUGUCCCCGUGAAGCGACCCCGGGUCACAGUCCCUUUGGUCCGGCGUGUCAAAACCACCAUUCCUGUCAAGCUCUUUGCCCGUUCCACGGCCAUCAACACCAGCUCAGCCAAGAUCAAGUUAAAGAGCAGUGAACUGCAGACUAUCAAGACAGAGCUGACACAGAUCAAGUCCAACAUCGACGCCCUGCUGGGCCGCUUGGAACAGAUUGCUGAGGAGCAGAAGGCCAACCCAGAUGGCAAGAAGAAGGGCGACAGUGGCAGUGGCAGUGGCGGCGGCAGUGGCAGUGGCAAUGGGAGUGGCGGUGGCGGUGGUAGCAGCAGCGGUGGUGGCAGCGGCAGCGGCAUUGGCAGCGGCAGUGGUGGCAAUAGCCGACCACCGCCCCCCCAAGAGGAUACAGCUUCUGAGGCAGGCACACCCCAGGGAGAGGUACAAGCUCGAGAUGACGGCGAUGAGGAGGGGCUGCUGACACACAGCGAGGAAGAGCUGGAUCACAGCCAGGACACAGAUGUGGAGGAUGGGGCCUUGCAGUGAACAGCCUGACAGGAGUGAUGGCCACUGGCAGAAGAAGGGCGUGCACUGUACCAGGCCUCAAGCUGGGCACCCACCCCUGGAUGCCACCCCAGCGGGUCCCAGAGGAGAGUUGACAGCAGGCGCCUGACCCCAUGCAUCCCAACCAGUGCUACAUCCUCUGCAGGUGGAGUUACUGGCCUCCCCUCCCCACAUAACUUCCCUAUUGUCACUGCCCAGACCAGAGGACAGGGCACAGAGUUUUCCCACACUCUGCCUCCCCUCCCCAAGACACUCCUAGGCUUGGGGUUUUUCUAUAGGUUUGGUGAGGGGUGGGGGGCACAGGAGGGGACCCUGACAAUAAAGAGAUUGGAUCCCUA